GAGAAAUCUGGAAAAUUGGUUGCUGUUACUGCAGAGGGUCAGAGAUCAAAAACCAGAAAAGAUCUUUGAAUAUGAAGAACAAAGAAAGAGAGAAACAAUGAAAAAACCAAUAGGAAAAAAUAAAAAAAGAAAAGAAGAAUAUUAUAGAAAAAGAUUUUUGUCAUUCUUCUGUCAAAGAAUCGAAAGACAGAUUGACGGAGGGGGCCUAAGAGCUACCUGUCUAUCAUGUCAUUUCAAACAAACACCAUCGACAGCGACGAAACUCAAGAAACAAGAAAAUUGGAAAAGAAAGAAUAUAAAAUAAAAGAUUGAAAUAAAAAGAAAGUUGAACCAUUCUGUGACCUUUGAAGAACUGGAUCAUCUCUGCAACAAGACUAGACCCUUUUUUCUCUCUCUCUGUCUUUUUCUCUCUAUAUGUGUGUAUAUAUAUAAUUGUGAAAGUUGCUUUACAAUCAGCUGAGACGGUCUAUUGCUGUUUUGUUCUUGAAUGUUUGAUGGGUCUGUUUGAUUCUUCUGCAGAGUUGGUGGGGUUGUUCUUCAGUUGAUUGUUUGGUGGAGAUUUGUUUUUUCUUCUUUUUUGAAUUUCUUGCUCUGUGAGUUGAAGUGGGUUUUUGGGGAAGUUUAAGUGGAAGAGUAGAAGUUGGAGUUUAUACAUAUUUGGGAAUACGAAGUGGGAUUUUGGUGAAUCUAAGUGGGAAUAUGAAUUUGGGGGAUUUGGGGAUAAAGUGGGAGGCAAGAAGAAGGGAUUAUUGGGUUUCAAAAAGUAGCGAGGAAUCUGAGUUUUAACUUUUGGAACUUUCUGCGAAAUUUUGGAGCCCAAAAAAGGUUAUGUGAAAACCAUUGGAAGCUUGAAGAAUCUAUUGGCAAGCUUUCAUUUCUUUCAAGGGGGAAAAAAGAUUAACCCCAAGAGAUUUUGUUGAUCAAGGGAGCUUUUCCUGUGAAUCUUCUGAUUUACGUUCAUCUGAACUUUGUCUCUUUUGAGACUUUUGAUUUCACACCUGGCGGAGUUUACCAAGGAACUUUGUCUUCUUUAGUUUGAACGGAAACCCAUUUUUUUUCUGUGUUGUGUUUUAGAGUUCUGGUUUUGGGGAUUUGGGGAAAAUGGCCAUGGCUAUGGCCCAUCACAGGGAGAGUGGCGAUGGGGGUAUCAAUGGCCACCUUGACAGCACCGGCAAAUAUGUCCGUUACACGACGGAGCAAGUGGAGGCUCUUGAGCGAGUCUAUGCGGAAUGUCCUAAACCAAGCUCUUUGCGCCGCCAGCAGCUGGUCCGUGAUUGCCCCAUUUUAGCCAACAUCGAUCCUAAGCAGAUCAAAGUCUGGUUCCAGAACCGCAGAUGUAGAGAGAAACAACGAAAAGAGGCUUCCCGUUUACAGUCACUAAACAGUAAAUUGACGGCCAUGAACAAGCUAUUGAUGGAGGAAAAUGAUAGAUUGCAGAAGCAAGUGUCUCAGCUUGUCUGUGAGAAUGGGUAUAUGCGUCAACAUUUGCAAACUGCUAAUGCACCAGCAGCAACAACUACUGAUGCAGCUUGUGACUCAGUGGCUACUACCCCUCAGCAUUCACUUAGAGAUGCUAGUAGCCCUGCUGGACUCUUGUCUAUUGCAGAGGAGAUUUUGGCAGCCUUCCUUUCAAAGGCUACAGGAACUGCUGUCGAUUGGGUCCAGAUGCCUGGGAUGAAGCCUGGUCCGGAUUCGGUGGGAAUCUUUGCCAUUUCACAAAGUUGCAGUGGAGUGGCUGCUCGAGCUUGUGGUCUUGUCGGUUUAGAGCCCAUGAAGAUUGCAGAGAUCUUAAAAGAUCGCCCAUCUUGGUUUCGUGAUUGCCGGAGCCUUGAAGUCUUUACAACAUUUCCCACUGGUGAUGGUGGAACAAUCGAACUUGUUUAUACACAGGUUUACGCUCCUACUACAUUAGCGCCUGCACGAGAUUUUUGGACUCUAAGAUAUACCAGAACUUUAGAAAAUAGCAAUCUUGUGGUUUGUGAGAGAUCGCUGUCUGGGUCUGGCACAGGACCAAAUGCAGCUUCUGCUUCUCAAUUUGUGAGAGCUGAAAUGCUUCCCAGUGGCUAUUUGAUUCGUCCAUGUGAGGGUGGAGGUUCGAUCAUCCACAUUGUAGACCACCUAAAUCUUGAGCCUUGGGGUGUUCCAGAGGUAGUACGACCACUUUAUGAAUCAUCAAAGGCCGUUGCCCAGAAAAUGACUAUAGCAGCUCUUCGCUACAUUAGGCAAAUUGCUCAAGAGACAAGUGGUGAAGUAGUAUACAGUUUAGGCAGGCAACCGGCUGUUCUGCGAACUUUUAGCCAAAGAUUGAGCAGAGGAUUUAAUGAUGCUGUCAAUGGAUUCAAUGAUGAUGGGUGGUCUUUGAUCAAUUGUGAUGGAGCUGAAGAUGUGACCCUUGCCAUAAAUUCAAGCAAGAAUCUAAAUACCUCAUAUGAUCCAGUCAACUCUCUUGCAUUCCAUGGGGGAAUCCUUUGUGCAAAGGCUUCCAUGCUUCUCCAAAAUGUUCCUCCAAUUGCUCUAAUUCGCUUCUUGAGAGAGCAUCGCUCUGAGUGGGCUGAUUUCAAUGUUGAUGCCUACUCUGCUACAUCGUUAAAAACUGGCUCGUACGCAUCCCCAGGCAUGAGACCGAUGAGGUUUACAGGGAGUCAAAUCAUCAUGCCACUCGGUCAUACAAUUGAACAAGAAGAGUUGCUUGAAGUUGUAAGACUUGAAAGCCACCCUCUUGCUCAAGAAGAUGCUUUUAUGUCCCGGGACAUUCAUCUCUUGCAGGUGUGUACUGGAAUCGAUGAGCAUGCUGUUGGGGCAUGUUCUGAACUUGUGUUUGCUCCGAUCGAUGAGAUGUUUCCUGAUGAUGCUGUGCUGCUAGCUUCUGGUUUCAGGAUCAUCCCAUUACAUUCUAAAACAAGUGACCCAAAAGAUACAUGGAACUCAAAUAGGACUCUGGAUCUCACUUCCAGUCUUGAAGUUGGCUCAUCUGCUUCUCAAGAUGCUGCUGCUGCUGCAUCAACUUCUAACUUCAGAUCGGUUUUGACCAUCGCUUUUCAGUUCCCGUUGGGUAGCAACCUGCAGGAUAAUGUUGCAGCGAUGGCUAGACAGUAUGUUCGGAGCGUUGUUUCAGCCGUGCAGAGGGUUGCAGUCGCCAUAUCUCCCUCUGGAUUAAGCUCACCAUCAGAGCCAAAGCUAUCAUCUGCUUGUCCAGAAGCUCUUACAUUGGCUCGAUGGAUCUGCCAUGGCUACAGAUGCCAUACUGGAACAGAGUUGGUGCCUUCAGACAGUGUGGAUGGUGACUCAGUGUUGAAACAUCUAUGGAAUCAUCAGGAUGCAAUUCUAUGCUGUUCUCUCAAGUCACUGCCCCCAGUGUUCAUGUUUGCAAACCAAGCAGGCCUUGAUAUGUUGGAGACAACCUUGGUUGCCUUACAAGACAUCACUUUGGAUAAAAUUUUUGGCGAUUCGGCCCGCAAGGCUUUCUCUGCCGUUUUUUCCAGCUUAAUGAAUCAGGGCUUUGCUUACAUUCCUGCUGGAAUUUGCAUGUCUACAAUGGGACGACAUGCUUCCUUUGAACAAGCCAUUGCAUGGAAAGUUCUUGCAGAAGAUGAGUCUACUGUGCACUGUCUAGCCUUCUCAUUCGUCAAUUGGUCGUUCCUGUGAUUCUUUUCCCUGUACACUUGUUGAAAUUUAUGUAAACAGUCCAAGAAAACAGGAAGGGUUUCUACAAUUUUGUAACAUCUUAUCUAUAUAUCAGCCUCGGGUUUGAAUUAUAGGGAUGUAUCUCUGGCAGGGGAAGUUUUCGGACGAUGUCAAAUUCUUUUGUUGAAUGAUAAGAAUGGAAAAUGUUGCAUUACGCAAAACGAAACCUGAAGUUAAUUUACAAUAUGUUAACAAUUUAUUUGUAUCUGAUGGAUUGCCAUCAGGUUGUUUGCAAUAA